AUGGCUAGCAUAGAUGUACUGGCGGCAGUGCUGGGGUUUCAGGGCAAGUACGAGGAGGCAGAAACGCUUCACCGACGGGUGCUAGAAUGGUCAGAGAAGAAGCUGGGCCAGGAUCACCCCGACACGCUGAAUAGCGUGAGUAACCUGGCAUCAGUCCUCCGGAAUCAGGGCAGGUACGAAGAGGCAGAGACGCUUCACCGGCGGGCGCUAGAAGGAAGGGAGAAGAAGCUAGGCGAGGGCCACCCUGACACGCUGACGAGUAUGAGCAACCUAGCGGCUGUGCUGCGCCUGCAAGGUAAGUACAGCGAGGCAGAGACGCUCAAUCGGCGAGCCCUAGAAGGGUCAGAGAAGAAGCUAGGCCAGAACCACCCGGACACGCUUAACUCUGUCAACAAUCUCGCUGUCCUCUUGGGGACGCUGCACCGGUACCCAGAAGCGGAUGAGCUCUACCAACGAGCGUGCGAUGGGCUCACCUAACAGCUUGGUUCUCAGCAUCCACAUACUAUCAUGGCUCGCAAGAACUUUGCAGCUAUGCAGCAAAAGGCAAUAGAAGCUAGAUUAGCGCAAGGUGAUGAUCUACCUCCAGGCAGCUCCAAGCGUCCUUAUACCACUAGGACUCGUAAAACAGACGUUGACUAGAUGAUACGCCACUUCUAGUCAAGAUAAUGCAUAACCUAGGGUUCACGGCACAUAUUGUACCCGUGUAUAUUGGUGAGAGAUCUCCCACUCGUGUCCGUAGACGGAUGGUCUCCGUUGAUAUGAUCUUCAUCGGUACUGGGUCUGUCCUCGCAUACGCCUUCG